AUGCUGGGAGUCCAGAUAGUGCACUUGGCCGUUCUUGCAGUGAUCAGACCUUUUGAUAGACUAGAGAACAAUCUGAUAGAAUUGGUAAAUGAAGUCAUUUACACUCCAAUGCUCUCAAUCAUGAUAGCUUGAAACAGAGAGGAAGAGUGGUCAGGCUCAAUCACUAGCAUCUUCUGUGGAAUCAUUCUGUUUAACUCUCUCAUCAUUACAUUCAUCAUGAUCUAUAAGUCUUCUUGCUUAUUCAUAGGGGCUUUGUUGGUGUCUUUGUGCAAAAAGUGCUUCAGAAAGGUCCAACUCAAACUCCAGUGCAGCCAAUGCAAGAUAUCACAAUGAACAUUAGAAACACAAGAGCCACUCACAGAAUAGAAUCUGAUAUCUCAGGGAUCAGAAUGAUGUCAUCAUCAAACAAUCCCAACAUAUCUAAACUAUUCGAAAAAGCUCGGAAAAACUCUAAGCUGGAAAGAAAAGGAAAAUAAUAAAUACUGAUAGAUAUUUAUUUCUAGUAAUUACUUCUGUUCAAUAAAUCCG